CCUCCAUUUCAGAAUGAUGAUCUAAACCUGGAAGCAGGUGUAGCGAGUGUUCGCCCCGAGCUAGUGGAGUUCUUCAGUCACUGUCCUGGCUGGCUGCUCACGAGCUCACGGACCUUUCUCCCAGAGGUGGCCUUGAACAGCCUGGGUGGCAUCACUGACCAGAAGGAAAAAGUCUCAGUGCUCCUUGACUUGCUGGAGAAGGCUGGUCCUGCCACCUGGAAACAGUUUGCACAGUACAUCUGCAUGGAGUUAGACCUGCCCCUGGAUCUGGAGAUACGGCUCAUGAGCUAUGCAGGAGAAGAUAACUUAAACCAGACAGAAGAAACCUGCACAGAUAUGGAUGCCCAAUCAUCUAUGCCAGAAGGCUCCACUCGACGUCGCCACUGCAGCAGCUCUGGGGGUGGUAAGGAUGCUAAACAGCAACGACUAGAUUCAUCUGCAAAGUACCGACAUCUCCUCAUUGAUUCUCUCCGCCAGAGAUAUGGAAGCAGGAGAGAAGCAGGAACAGCAGCACAGGAACAAACACAGACAUCAGCUUUCAACCAAGCCUUUGUCAACCUUGUCAUUCACCAGAGCAGAGCCCCCCACUUAAAGGAGAGGACAGACAAACCCCAGGAGGAUGUGGCAGGUACUCCUGAGACAGAAGAAUGUGCAGAUACUGCCUUGAAAGUGUCAGAUCUGUUCCGCAGUGUGGUCCCAUUGGGCCCCACAAAGGUGACCUUCUUGUAUGGUAGACCAGGUACAGGAAAGACCAUGCUAAUGCACAGGAUUUGUCAGAAAUGGGCAGAUGGUGUCCUACCUCAGUUUCUCUUCACUUUUCUGUUUGAAUUUCGGCAGCUGAAUUUAUUGAAAAGAAAAUUGACUCUGAAGGAGCUUUUGUUUGACAUGUUCCUUCAGCCAGAGGACAGCCCUGAUAGAGUGUUCCAGUACCUCCUGGAGAAGGCCCAGAGUACACUGAUCAUCUUUGAUGGUCUGGAUGAGUUUGCAGCUAACAUGGACGUGUCAUCCUCGUCUAAGAGAGGCUCAGCUCUGGCAUCUCCUAUGUCCAUAUCCCAGCUCUUUGCAGACCUCUGUCAUGGGAAGCUCCUGCCUGGCUGCACAGUGUUGGUCACCAGCCGACACAGGAGGCUACCUGACUUCUUAUCAUAUUCAGUAGAUGUGUUUGCAGAAGUUUGGGGAUUUGACCAUGAGAAGGUUGAGAAGUAUGUUAGCCACUAUUUUCAUAAGCAUUCAUUCAAAGAACAAGCCAUUGCUCAUCUGAAGAAUAACACCAAGCUCUUCAGCAUGUGCCUCACCCCUGCUCUGUGUAAUGUUGUGUGCAUCUGUCUGGAGUAUUUGCUACUUAACCAUCAGAUGAGUGUGGAGCUUCCUCAAACUAUGACACAGUUUUAUAUCAAAAUGUUUCUCAUCUUCAUGAACAAACAGCAGGGAGAGUGUCCAGGUGAUGAGGAGACUCAGCUGAACUGCAACAAAAAGGCCAUUUUGGGUCUAUGUGAUCUUGCACUGAAAGGCCUGGAAGAGAGGAAAAUUGUAUUUUAUGUUGGUGAUAUUCCAGAGUAUGUGAAGGAAUUUGCUUCCUUGCAUGGACUGCUGACUGUCUUUGAGGUGAAGACAAGUGGCAUUUGCCCAGCAGCUGGCUAUGCCUUUGUGCACUUGAGCAUGCAGGAGUUUUUUGCAGCACUGUGUCUCAUGGUGAGUAGGAAGGUGGACAAAAACUACCUGAAGAAGAAGUUCUUUUUGAAGUCAAGGUGGACUUUAAAGAAUGAGACAAAGACUGAGUUCCUGGAGAGUUUUCACAUCUUUCUCUCGGGCUUGUCAUCAAAAGAAUGUAGGACGUUUCUCAUGUUGCUGUCGGAACAAGAUGAGGCUUGGGUGCAGGAUAAGCAGGAUGUGAUCCUGCAGUCUCUCAAGAAACUGGCAGCCACUCAUCUGUCAGGGCCUAAGGUCCUCGAGCUCUGCCACUGCACCUUUGAAACGCAAGACCUCAAAGUAGCCCAGCAUGUAGGGAGCCUGCUGAAUUUCAAGUACGAGUUUAAAAACUUCAGACUGACACCUCUGGACAUGUCAGCUUUGGUUUUUGUCGUAAACUCAGGCCAGGACUUGACUUAUCUGGAUUUUACAGGAUGUCUUGUGGACAUUGACUGUUUGGAGGUUCUGGCUGGCUGUAAAAAUGUGGAACACUUGAGCUUUCGUAGAAGGAGAUGUGGUGAUGACUUUGCUGCUGCUCUUUCAAAGGGCUUACAAGGAAUGGGGAACCUGAAGAAACUAGAGUUGACAGGUGGCAGCAUCACAGCUGAGGGGAUGACUGUCUUGGUCCAGGCUUCAUCACAGUGCCUCCAGCUUGAGGAAAUAAACUUGCAGGGCAAUUGGAUACGGAAUCCAGAGGUGAAGAGGGUGAUGGACCUGUUUUCCAGAAUGGAAAAGCUGAAGAAAAUAGACCUGAGCAACAACAAUCUUUCCUUGAAUGCUGUUCUCACGUUGGCAAAGGAAGUCAUCGCGUGUCAAAAUGCUACUGAACUGUGUGUGAGGAAGGACACUGUGAUUAUUUAUUUUUGUGGCCAAUCCGGGAAAGUUCCAAGAUCCUUGGAUUUGAGGUGGGAAGAGAAUAAGGAACAUGCAAUUCCAACUAGACACAAGAAGUUAUGCUUGCAGGAUUGCAGCCUGUCUUCUCAACAUGCUGAGGAGAUCAUUGCCAUUCUCAAGAGCUGCCCCUGUCUCUCUGAAGUGGUUUUAUCAGGUAACAGUCUUGGAGAUGAAGGCUGUAGUUGUCUGCUGGAAAACCUCCCUUGGAUAUCAAUCUCAAAGCAGCUGGAUCUCAGUCAAAACCACCUCUCUGUUACUGGCAUUUGCAGCCUGUUGAAGUCAGUGAAUACCUGCCAGAAGGUGAUGGAGGUCCAAGUCAGCCUUUGUCUUGAUGCUGCAGUCCUGAGGUUCUCAGAAGACAGAGAAUUUGCUCCUCUUCCUCCUAGGGAAGAGCCUUUGUUCUCUGCUGAUGACCAACAACAUGGAGAGGAAAACCAGACACCUCCCAGUCCCCAAAAAAUAAGACUGACAGACAGUAAUUUUCAAGCCAGUGACCUGAAGAAACUGUGUGCAGUCCUGAAGGAGUGUAGCUGCAUCUCUGAGCUGGACCUAUCAAGAAAUUGUCUGGGAGACAAGGGACUUCUGCAGCUGUUUCAGUGCCUCCCAAAUCUGAAAAUGCUAAGUUCUUUCAAGCUUGAUGACAACCAGAUCUCCCUGAACUCUGUGUUUUUCUUAGCUCAGUCCUUAUCUUCAUUGGAACACAUUAAAACAAUGACCCUCAGGUAUGACCAGAAGUGCUUUUCCUAUUUUUUUGUGGUGAGAAAAGGCAGAUUGGAGUGUGAGGCCAUGGCCACCACCUCACCCUCUUUAAGUACCAGCAGAUGGAGAAGUGGUUUCCUGACGCAUCCCAGGCACGAAGCAAAAGGACAGUGCUUUCGUCUCAGGGACUGCAGAAUGAGUCCAGAGGACAUGACCAGGCUGUGCCAGAUUCUGGCUCAAUGUCCCCAGCUGAGAGAAAUUGAUCUGUCUGGAAAUUCAUUGAGCGACCAGAGCAUUGAGAGAUUACUGACCUUCCUGCCAUCCCUCCCUCAUCUGACACUACUGAGUAUUAGGAAUAACACAUUGUCCCCACAUUGUGCUGUCUUACUCCUCAACUCCAUCAACCUCAGUGAGCGGAUCAGAAUGGUGGAAGUCCGGUCAAGUGAAAAUGCUUUCCUGCAUUUACAAGCAAGUAUGCGAAGCCAGAAGACAUCCUGCAGACUGAGGAACUGUGCCAUCGGGGCAGGGCAGGUGGACAAGCUCUGCGGUGUCCUGGAGCAGCAUGGGUGGCUGGCAGAAGUAGAUCUCUCCAGGAAUCAGCUGGGAGAUGAAGGCUUGAGAUGCCUCUUGGACCACUUGCAUCGAGUGCCUGUUACCUGUUUCCUCAAUCUCAGCCAUAACAGGAUUUCUCAGGAUGGAGUUCUGCAUCUCAUUAAUGCUUUUGCCAUAUCUGGAAACACCACUGAAGUUCAAGUCAGUUUGUGCUCCAAAGCAACUUUAAUCAUCAAGUUGACAAGCAGAGAUGACCCAAGAAAGAUUCUGAGGCUUGCAGAGUGCAACUUUCAGCCAGAGCACUUGGAAAAGUUGUGCUUGCUCCUGGAAAAGUUCACUGGUCUAAGAGAGUACAUGUCUUCAAACAACAAUCUGACAGUCCAAGCUGCAGAAAGACUUUUGCAUUCCCUGAGGAAAGAUCUGGGUCCUCUGAAAAUCAGCAUAGAAGAGCCUUGGGUAUGCAAAGAAAGGGUCAUGAACCUUCUUGAGCUGGCUGUGCAGGCCUGUGGAAAUAUUACUGAGAUCACGAUAUGUAAAGAUAAAACCCUCUUCCAAUUAGAUGUAAGGUUCCCACACUGCCUUGAGAAGGUGGAAUCAGUUGUUAGCAGGUGAGAGAGCAACUAUUUAUCAUUUUCUGAUUCCUGCUUCUACCAAAGGGUUUGUGAAAAAUGUGCUCAACUCCAGGAAUUGAGAUGGUCUCAUGUGGAACUCCAAGAGGAUGAAGCAGAAAUGCUAGUCAGGAUUUUGCUACCUCUUCCAGAGCUGAAAAUGUUUGGGCUGACCUCUAGCAGUAUUGCAUCAACUGGAAUUGACUAUUUGAUCACAGGCUUGCAGAAUUGCCAGGCCAUUGAAGAGCUCAACCUAGGCUACAUGAAACUCACCAGUGCUGCCAUUCCUAAGCUUGUGCUGGGACUUCGUGCAAUGCCAUCUCUGAGAAGGCUGAUCUUGAACCACAACAGUAUUGGCAAUGAUGGUUGCUCCAGACUUGCAGAAGCCUUGAGGAAUAUGCACUACUUGGAGGAAAUCAAUUUAAGCAACAACAACAUUGGAGAUCCAGGCCUGGUAAAUCUAGCUGCUGUCCUGCUGGAAAUGUCAAACCUGAAGAAAAUUGACCUUUCAGGGAACUGUCCUAGUCCUGCUGGAGGGGAAAAGCUGAUGGAAGCUCUUGCUCAUUGCAAGCACAUCGAAGAGUUACUAUUAUCAAGGAAUGGUUUUGGAGGCAGGACAGCACUGAAACUUGCCCUCUGUCUGCCUCACAUGACCAAUCUGAAGAUCUUGCACUUGCAGAACAAUAACAUCAGGCAGGAAGGAGGGCUGGAGCUGGCCAGAGCCCUGGUGGUGUGUGGGCUGCUAGAAGAGAUAAGUUUAUCAGAAAAUGACCUUGGGGAACAGAGUAUCCAUGCCCUGUCCCAGGGGCUGCCAUGCUUGGAACACCUCCGGAAGAUCGACCUGAAAUUCUGCGGAAUCACUGAUGAUGCUUCAAAACCACUUUGUCACGGCUUCCGACAAUGCCCUUCCAUGGAGGAGAUAAUUCUGUCUUGGAACACCCUUGGAGAUGGAGGAGCCCAAGAGUUGGCCAGUGGUCUCCCAGAGAUGGAUAAACUCAAGAUGUUAGACCUGGAGAAAAAUCACAUUGGCGCCUGUGGAGCCACAAAGCUAGCCGAGGAACUUGCCAAGUGCCCAGAAAUACAGUUGAUAAGGCUGUGGGACAAUCCAGUGCCCAAGGGCCUUGCUGAGAAUUUGACAAGCCAAGACUCAAGACUCUGUUUCUCCUUCUACUAG